AUGCUUUCAUCUCGUUUGAACAAUCAAUUAAAACCAUCGUUGGUUUUAGUAAUUGACCAUAAUCCAUCGAGUUCAUCAUUAGGUUUUCAAUUUGCUUGUGCUUAUGCCUGUGAAACUGUUGAUAAAUUUUCAAACGUUGACAUUCUUUUAACUGAACAUGAUGAAAUAAACUGGUUUCAUUCACAUGUAUUCGCAAAUCGUAAUGAAUUAACAUCAAAAAUACAUGUUAUUAAUAUGUUUGAUGAUAUUCAUUCAACGAAAACAAUAGAAGAAUGUUUGAAAAUAAGUAAUGAAAAAAAUUUAAUUAUUAUUGAAUCUCUUCCUUGGUUAUUAUUACGAACAUCAGAAGGAGAUUUAUCACGUUUAUUACAUAAUUGGAGUAAAUCGAAUAUUGUCAUGGCUGUAAUACCAUUAGAUUGUAUAGAAGAAAAUUCAUUUCUUAAAAAUCUUAUUUCAAUUUCAUAUAUAACAAUACAAAUUAAAAAUCUUCCAAAAUCCGAAACAAUCGAAGCAAGAAUUGAACAACGAUCACGAACAAAUGUUGAUACAAUUAAAUCUUGUUUAACAUGUUCAAUUGAUCGACAAUUAAAUAUAAUUAAUUUACAUGAAGAGAAAAUAAGUAAUCGAAAAUUAAAAUCUGCUGCUAAUACUGAUGGAUCUUCUAAAUCGGAUGUUACGGCUAAUCUAACAUUUAAUCUUCGUCUUAAAGAUGAUGAACUUGUUGCUAAAAAUAAUCUUGUUUUACCAUAUACAAAACAACAAACACAAGUAUCAAGUGAUAGUUGUACAAUACAUUAUUCAUAUGAUAAAGAAGAUGAUAUUGAUGAAGAUGAAGAUGAUGAUUUAGAUUUAUGA